UUUUGUUUAUUGCAACGUUUAUGGGGAAAAAGGUUCCACAAUCCAUUCAUCUUCUUCAGUUUUCCCUGCCCGUCGACACUCUGUGAAAUCCGUGUAUGGAUCAUCAUUCUUCAUAACUUCAAGACCAUAAUCGUCUGAGUAAGCUGCGAUAGUCGUUCGAGCUUUUUACUUAAAUCACUUUAAAAACAAAAUGUUGUUCCUGCGAAAACAACUCUGUUCGUUGGGAUGUUCUGUUGCGAAGCAGUUAAGCACGAAUAAUACGUACAAUAUCCCCACCACGAAUUUAUUUCUUAUCAACCGUAGUAAUAAAGUUAAUUUAUAUGGACACAGUUGUAAAAUGACUAGCAUCAGCAAUUUAAAGGGAAAUUGUGAUCUGGAAUGCACUGCUGGAACAAUGAAUGAUGUCAAACAGAUAAUCAUUAAAAAGUUGGGAAUAGAGGUAGGAUAUACACCGUUUGUGAGUACUCGCGAACAUCUGGCUAAGUAUGCACCAACAUCAAUGGAUCAGUUACCGCCAAGAUCGAUGCAGGAUUCUUUCACUUCCGCUAUAAUUCCGCUAACGGAAGAUAAAAUAUUAAAGGAUAAAUACGUUGGCUUCAUGGGUAAUAUUCGAUUGGGUCGUCUGAUGGAGGACAUGGAUAUGUUUGCUGUAUGGGUUGUUCACAAACAUGUGCUAGUGCCCGAUCUUCCCGAAGGAGCUGCUCUACCAUACACAUUCGUUACGGUUCUGGUGGAUAAAGUGGAUUUUAGCGAUUUGGUGCCGACGCACGAAGCGGACAUUCGUCUGUCGGGACACGUAAGUUGGGUAGGACGAACUUCGGUGGAAAUUGUGGUUUGGAUGGAACAGAAAUUACACGGACAAUGGCGAAAACUGACCCGGGCUCUGUUCCUGAUGGCAGCUAGAGAUGCCACCAACACAAAAGCGGCUCUUAUCAAUCCUCUUGUUCCGGCGAACGAAGAAGAAAAACUAAUAUUCGAUGGAGGCGAAUCUCGCAAAAGAAGGAGAAUUCAGUCACAAAAGGAAGAUCUUCUCAAGACAGAACCGAAUGAUUUCGAGCAAGGUUUGGUACAUGAUCUGUUCGUGAAAUCCAUCGACACAAAGAGUCGGGCUUUCAACAAACGUAUUUUGCCGCCAGGCUAUAUUUGGAUGGAAGAUGCAACAAUGGCAAACAUAGUAUUCUCUCAUCCAGAGGAUCGUAAUGCACACAACAAAGUGUUCGGUGGCUUUUUGAUGCGUAACGCGUUGGAACUCAGCUGGGCUUUGGCAUACAAUUUUGCUAAACGUCGGCCAAAGUUGGAACACAUUUCUGAUAUUAGUUUUCAUCAUCCCGUUGAUGUUUCUUCUAUGCUGAAUAUGCAGGCCCAUGUUAUCUACACUGAUCUACAUUACAUGGAGAUUGUUGUCCUGGCCGAUGUGUACGAUGCGGUGACUGGGCAACAAACGACCACAAAUAGCUUUUACUAUACAUAUUCUGUUGCCGAAAGGUUACCCAGCAUAAUGCCCAAAACAUAUCACGAAGCAAUGUACUACUUGGAUGGGCGGCGCAAGUUCCGUUAUUCUAUGGGAAUUGAUAAACCACAGAAUACUCAAGAUGCAGCACCAGACAGGAGCAACCUGUAGGCUAAACAUAAAUUCAAAUAAUGGAUAUUAUCUCAACUCGAGCAAUACAGGCAGUUUAAUGUGUACUAACA